CAAACUAGCAUACCAAUUAAUAAAGAUAUUAGAAAUUUAUUUUAUAGUUGUAAAUCAGCUUUAACCUUAUUGGUUUAUUGUUGUCCAAAAAGUGGAAAGGUAUUACAGAUUGGCUUUCCUUCAGGUGAUUGUAAAAUGAUAUUGUGUUAUUGA